CCUGUUUCCAGAUUUUUCUCUUCAGAGAAAAAUACCCAAAAGUGCAACGAAAGCAAAGGAUUGUUCGCUUUCUUGCUUCUUUUUCUUUUCUCCUGUUGAUCGGCGACGGAGAAAAGAAUUUUAUUGAAAGAGAGAGAAAUAGGAAAGGAAGGGAAAAUUCCCAAAUUUUGAAAUUAGGGUUUUUCUCAUAGCUUCGUGUUAAUGGAGACGGAUAGCAUCGAGUGUGUCUCGUCGACGGGAAGCAUCGAGAACGAUGAGAUCCAUCAUCACGGGAACAGUCAUCAUCACCACAGCAACCAUCAAUUCUCGUCGGCGAAGUCUCAUGCCAACCACGGCGGAGCCGCCGGCUUGGCGACCAACAUCGUCGGCCCAACGGCGAUCGCUCCGGCGACGAGCGUCUACGAGCUCCUCGAAUGCCCCGUCUGCACCAAUUCGAUGUACCCACCAAUUCAUCAGUGCCAUAACGGGCACACGCUAUGCUCGACCUGUAAAGCAAGGGUUCACAAUCGGUGUCCCACAUGUAGACAAGAGCUCGGAGAUAUUAGAUGUUUAGCUCUGGAGAAAGUGGCAGAGUCACUCGAGCUGCCGUGCAAGUACUACAACCUCGGAUGCCCAGGGAUAUUUCCUUAUUACAGCAAACUAAAGCAUGAGUCUGGCUGUAACUUCAGACCUUAUAAUUGUCCAUAUGCUGGUUCGGAGUGUGCUGUAGUAGGGGACAUCCCUUUCCUCGUUGCCCAUCUGAGGGAUGACCACAAAGUCGACAUGCACACAGGUUGCACCUUCAACCAUCGGUAUGUCAAAGCCAAUCCACGCGAAGUGGAGAAUGCCACUUGGAUGCUAACCGUAUUCCAUUGCUUUGGACAAUACUUCUGCCUUCAUUUCGAGGCAUUCCUGAGAUUCAUGGGAGACGAGGUAGAAGCCCGAAACUACAGCUACAGCCUCGAAGUGGGAGGCAGUGGGCGAAAACUCAUAUGGGAAGGGACACCGAGAAGCGUAGGGGCCAGCCACAGGAAAGUCCGAGACAGUCAUGACGGUCUUGUAAUACAGAGAAACAUGGCGCUUUUCUUCUCCGGCGGAGACAGGAAAGAGCUGAAACUUAGGGUUACCGGAAGAAUCUGGAAGGAGCAACAGAAUCCGGACUCUGGGGUUUGCAUUCCAAACCUCAUGUAGCUGAAACUCCGAUUCAUCAUACUCUCUCUUGAAUCCCCUUUUUGUCAGUGUGAUUUCAAGUUUUUUGGAUUUGUAUGAUAGAAGAGAAGAUUCCUUCUCCCUCCCUCAUGUCUCUGAACUGCUACUACACUCUGUAGUCUUCUUUUUUCUGGGUGUGUAUCUAAUGAUUCAAUUAUUGAA